AGAUCCCUGGACGAGUGCGCAUGCCUCGGCCUUCUUAGAAGGGAUCCCUCUGAAGUUGGUGAUUUGGGCUGCCCGGUUCACGUGUCCCAUGGCGAGCGGGGUUAUCAAAUGUAAGGCAGCUGUUGCCUGGGAGGCAGGCAAACCACUCUCCAUUGAGGAGGUGGAAGUCGCUCCUCCAAAAGCCCAUGAAGUUCGUAUCAAGAUUAUUGCUACUGCGGUGUGUCACACUGAUGCUUUUACUCUGAGUGGCGCUGAUCCUGAGGGAAGCUUUCCUGUUAUCCUGGGUCAUGAAGGAGCAGGGAUUGUGGAGAGUGUUGGAGAAGGAGUGACUAAAUUUAAACCAGGAGACACGGUUAUCCCUCUAUAUAUUCCUCAAUGUGGCGAAUGCAAAUUCUGCUUAAACCCUAAAACAAAUCUCUGCCAGAAAAUAAGAGUCACUCAAGGAAAAGGUGUGAUGCCUGAUGGUACCAGCCGAUUCUCCUGCAAAGGAAAGCAAGUUCUCCACUUCAUGGGAACAAGCACCUUCUCAGAAUACACAGUUGUGGCUGACAUAUCCCUGGCAAAAAUAGACCCUUCAGCUCCAUUGGACAAAGUCUGCCUGUUGGGCUGUGGAAUUUCUACAGGUUAUGGGGCAGCCUUGAACACUGCAAAGGUUGAACCUGGUUCUACCUGUGCCGUCUUUGGCUUGGGUGGAGUUGGGUUAGCAACUAUCAUGGGCUGUAAGGCAGCGGGUGCAUCCAGGAUCAUUGGGGUUGAUCUCAACAAGGACAAAUUUACCAAAGCCAUGGAAUUUGGGGCUACACAAUGCAUCAGCCCCAAGGAUUUCAAGAAGCCUAUUCAGGAAGCCCUGGUUGAACUAACAGAUGGUGGAGUAGAUUACUCCUUUGAGUGCAUCGGGAAUGUCGGUGUGAUGAGAGCAGCCUUGGAAGCAUGUCAUAAAGGUUGGGGAGUGAGUGUGAUAGUCGGAGUUGCUGGCGCUGGUCAAGAAAUUGCUACCCGUCCAUUCCAGCUGGUUACUGGACGAACAUGGAAAGGGACUGCUUUUGGAGGUUGGAAAAGCGUGGACAGCAUACCCAAGUUGGUAGCUGAAUACAUGUCCAAAAAAAUAAAAGUGGAUGAAUUUGUGACCCAUACACUACCUUUUGAGCAAAUUAAUGAAGCUUUUGAACUUAUGCAUGCUGGAAAGAGCAUCCGAACUGUUCUGAAAUUUUAAAAGAUCUGAAGAAAUAAUGUUUAAAACCUUUCAACACACUUUUUGGAACGAUUGUAAUGAUCAAGUUGGAACCCUCUUCUACAACAAAAAUCAUGGAUCAUGCCUUAAAAUAGCAUACACCAGUUGUUUUUUAAAUACUGUAUACAAUCUAACUUUUUCCAUCUUAGUGGAUCAUGAAAUAUCAAAUUGUAAACUGUAGGUUUACUUAGAAUCAGAAACUAUUUUUUAAUACUUCUACUAAUAAUCAGUUUAGGCUAUAUCUGCCCUUGGAAAAAGAAUAAUGAUUAAAACUUGUCAUUACCUUAUAAAGAUAUAUUUAUGAAGUUUUUUUUCCCCUUUCAGAUUUACCCACAAUUAUUCAGGGAUUCUGUUGUAGUUCCAGUUUGUUUCAAUAGUGGUAAUGAAAGAUAAGCAAAAAAAAAAAGAUCUUACUAUACCAUGGAUUGUGUGAAUAGGCUGUGGUUUCCCAGAACAAUAUAACCCUAUGAAUAAAUAACAAAGCUCCAAGUUAGACCUAUUAUAGCUUUUAUUCAAUUGGGAGGGGGGGGAGUAACAAUAAGCAGAAAAGUCCCAUCAAUUGAUCUAGAUUACCCAUACUCAUAUAUUUCACUGAUAUUUGCUCAGAAAUAUAUGUUGCAUUCCAGCCUUCCCAAUUGCCAAUGCGAGAGCACAAGUCACAUAAUUUCUAGAUUUCCCUAUGACAUGAUAAGACAGUGCCAGGGGCCUGAAACAUCACCGAGAUAAUUUUAAAAGCUGUUUCCAUAAGAAAACUGUUGGGUUGAGGUUUCACCUUUCUUUUUAAAUCCACUGCUGCACAGUAAUUUCAGAUGUGGGUAUUUUUUAUUUUUAUUUUUUUUACAUGUAGGGUACAAUUCAAAGACCCCUUAUUUUUCUGGAAUGUUAAACAUGUUUGGAAGCUUGAAAAUGUUAUGGGCCAUUCUCACAAAAGAGCUGAGAUAGUGGUGGUUGGUUUUACCACAAACCACCUUUCUGGUUACCAGAAAGGAGAUUUGGGAGGAAAGGGCUAACUCCAUGUCUUCUAAGUAGCAGUUGGAACCUAAAGCUUCUUUAUCUCCUAGAGAAAAGGUUCAUCUCAGUUAGCAUAACUAGUAACUGGUAAAGACGAGUGUGAA